CAGGGCCGGCUGGACGACGGCCGGGGCAGGGGGCUAACAAACAGAGGCCGAGGAUUGCCCAGACAGUCAGCCACCCGAGGCCGGGGGAUGAUCCAGAGAGUGAGCAGCCAGGAGGAGCCACUGGAUAGGCGGUCAGGUAGCAGGGAGAAGUUGCCAGAUGGGCAGUCAGGCAACUGGGAGAUGGGGCCAGUUGGGCGGUCAGGCAGCCGAGAGAGGGUGUUGUCCAGCCAAGACAAGGAACCAGCUGGCCGGGCAGACAACAGGGAUAGGGGGCAAUCAGGAACCUGGGAUAGGGGCCCUCUCAUGCGGGCUGAAAGCCGGGAUAGGGGUCCUGUCAUGCGGGAUGAAAGCUGGGAGAGGGGUCCUGUCAGGCGGCCAGGAAGUCGGGAGAGGGGUUCUGUCAGGCAAUCAGGUAGCCGGGAGAGGGAAAUGGGCAGGCCUGAAACAGGCAGUAUGGAUAAACCAAUCCGCUUAGGAGACAACUCAGAGAAAUUAUCUCUGUAUCAUCGAGAGGAAUCAACAAGAGCUUCCUGGAGUCAUGAAGAGGAGAGAAUGCAAAAGGAACCUUCAUUAGAUAGACGAGAUGCCCGUCCUUUAGAGCAUGAGCAAUUGGAUGAUUGGGAAAGAGAUCAAUAUUGGAGAGAGCGUGACACAGAUAUUCGGGAUGAUCACCUGGAUCCAUAUGAUAGAGAUGACAGAUUACCACUGCGUCUUUCAUUGCCUUCACUGUCACCUCUUCCUCCUCUACCUCCUUUGUCUUCUCAUCUUGACAGACGAGACACUUGGUGGGAUGAUUGGGAAAGGCCUAGGGAGAGGGAGUUGGAUAGAGAUCUAGACAGGAUUGGAAGACCCUUGGAUAUUUAUGAUCGAGAAUUAGAUAGAGAAUGGGGCAGAGAUUACUUGAGACCUCUGGAUGACAGAGAGACACCGAGGCAUGACCUGGACAUUCCUCCUCUUCCACCUUUGCCACCACUUCCACCUCUGGACAGGUACCGUGAGGACCGGUGGAGGGAGGAAAGAGACAGAGAUCUCUAUGACAGAGACCUCCGAGACAGGGGGGAGCUGAGGAUCCGAGAGUAUCCAGAGAGGCGUGAUACAUCGAGGGAGAAGCGAGAUUACCUUCCUGAAAGGACUGACUGGGAGAGGGAACGGUUGUCAGAUAGAUGGUAUCCUGAUGAAGCAGACAGACUACGACCUUUGGAGGAUCAGCUUGAUCCACCGCUUCCACCACCACAUUCAUCUGACAUGCUGGGAGCAGAGCCAAAUCUGGACCCUGAACAGUCACUUGGAGGGGUAAUGGUCCUUAGUCAAAGGCAGCAUGAAAUAAUCCUCAAGGCUGCCCAGGAGCUGAAAAUGCUUCGGGAACAAAAAGAACAGUUGCAGAAGUUGAAAGAGUUUGUGCCUGAUCCCCACCUGCCAUCACAGGAAACCUCUAGAUCACAAACCACAACUACAAGGCCACGUGCUUUUCAGGCGUCUUCUCAGCUGCCACCUGAGACAUCAAUAGAAUCUCAAUCUAUCAAACCUUCUCCUGCUGUUAUUAUAAAGCCACCAGUGUUGUUCAGGCAGCCCACCCCGGUGACGAGGCCAGGUGCCCCAGUGACGAGGCCAGGUGCUCCGGUGACGAGGCCAAGUGCUCCAGUUCCUGCUUCAGCUACAGCCUCAAGUCAGGCUCCUGCAAUAAAGCCAACAUCUGGUGCUGUGAAACAGGAACGUUGGGAUGAGGAUUCUUUUCAUGGACUCUGGGAUACCAGUGAAGAUAAAGGAGCAAAUUUGGAGUAUGCAUUAUGUGAACCAGAAUCAGUGCUGCCACCUGCAGUGUCAUCUUCUGGGAAAAUACCUCUUCCAGGUCAUACUCCCAUUCCAUCAUCUGUACCAGCUUCAGUUCCUAAACCACCUCUAAUUCAACAGACUGUGGACUAUGGCCAUGGGCGGGAUAUAACCACCAGUAAAGUUGAACAAAUUCCCUAUGGGGAGAGAAUAACUCUGCGUCCAGAACCUCUGCCUGAGAGACAACCAUUUCCAAAAGAACAUCCAGGCCAGCGGGAUCGUUACAACAGAGAGAGGGAUCGUGAGUCUUACUUUGAGCGUCAAGGCAAUGCAAACACAGAUUACCGAGAUUUUAAAAGGGAGCGGGAACUGCACAGAGACCGAGGCUCAGGAGACUAUGAUCGAGAGAGGUUUGAGAAAGAACGCCACCUUCGAGAGGACAGGGCACCUCCAACUGGACCUUCAAGGACUCAAUCUUACCGUGACAAGAAAGAGCAUCCCUCCUCAAGGCGAGGGGGCUUUGAAAGACCAUCAUAUGAACGAAAGCCUGAUCGCCCGACCUAUGAUCAUGGACCUUCCAUGUUUGGAGGUGAUCGGAGAAAUUACCCUGAGGAGAGGAUGCCUAUUUCGGCUCCAUCAGUACCUCGCCAGCCACCCCCUGCUCCCCGGAUAGAGAGGAAACCAGAGUCUAAGAAUGUGGAUGAUAUUUUGAAGCCACCAGGACGGGACAGCAGGCCAGAGAGGAUUGUCAUCAUAAUGAGAGGAUUGCCAGGCAGUGGAAAGACACAUGUAGCAAAGCUCAUCCGGGACAAAGAGGUGGAGUGUGGAGGACCUGCACCCAGAGUUCUCAGCCUGGAUGACUAUUUCAUCACCGAAGUGGAGAAAGAGGAGAGAGACCCAGAUACAGGAAAAAAAGUGAAAAAGAAGGUGAUGGAGUAUGAGUAUGAAGCUGAUAUGGAAGAGACCUACCGCACCAGUAUGUUUAAAACUUUCAAAAAGACCUUGGAUGAUGGCUUCUUCCCUUUCAUUAUCCUGGAUGCCAUCAAUGACAGGGUGCGCCAUUUUGAGCAGUUCUGGAGUGCAGCGAAAACCAAGGGCUUUGAGGUGUAUUUAGCUGAGAUGAGUGCAGAUAACCAGACUUGUGCCAAGAGGAAUAUCCAUGGACGGAAGCUAAAGGAGAUCAAUAGGAUGUCUGAUCACUGGGAGACUGCGCCACGUCACAUGAUGCGCUUGGACAUUCGUUCUUUGUUGCAGGAUGCUGCUAUUGAAGAGGUGGAGAUGGAGGAUUUUGAUGCUAAUAUUGAAGAUCAGAAAGAAGAAUCCAAGAAAGAUACAGCAGAGGAAGAAGAAAGCGAACUGACAAGCUGGAUGGCUUGCGGACAGGCACAAAGAGGAAACGUGAUUGGGAAGCAAUUGCCAGCAGGAUGGAGGAUUAUCUUCAGCUUCCAGAUGACUAUGAUACACGUGCUUCUGAACCUGGCAAGAAGAGGGUAAGGUGGGCAGACCUAGAAGAAAAGAAGGAUGCAGA